GUCUGUGUCUAGUGUAUUUUUGAUCAAACUUCUCACUAAGUUAAAACAAUAAAUAAUAUUAUGUAAAGUUGUAUUCGAUUUGUGAGGUUGACCAUGUGAAAGUGUUGUUUGUCGAGUAUUGUAAAAGACAGAAAUUUAUCUAUUAUAGGUUCUAAACCAAAAUGAAACUGUCUGUGUAGUUGUUUCGGAUACAAUACACCAAAAAUGGCUUCUAAAGCUGAUUUGGAUUGGACAUCUGUAAAAUUUGUUUUUUACGAUACUGGUUCCAAUGCAAAAGUCAAUUUGUAUACUUUGCUUAAAUUUAUUGAUCAAAGUGAAAAAUGUUUAAGUGAACAUGACAUCAAUGAGAACAAAUUUUACUUCUAUUUUGUCACAUUAGCUGCUAAUUACAUUGGUCAUCAUUGUAAUUUAUUUGAGAAGAAUGAGUUAUCUACAGUUAGUAAGAGCUGUAAAAUUCUUCUGAAAUGUCUUCUGUCAUAUAUGGGACAAGUCAAUGCAAAUGAUAACAAUUGGGAUAGUUAUUCAUCUCAUUUAAAUUUAGCUUUGGCAGCUAUUUCAGCAUUAUGUUCUGGAAAGCCAUUGAAUAGUUCAGAAUUUGUAUCUGUUGUAAUGUGUAUAAAAGAAUGGCCAUCUAAUAAUGCAUCGACUUUCGAAGAAAAGGAAAAAGAAAGUAAAAAAUCUUUAGCUUACUCAUCAAUUGCUGAACAAAUGAUUAGACCAUUAGAUAGAAGUAAAAUUCUAUUAAAAGAUUCAUCGAAAAAAGAUGAAAAGGAUAUUAAGAAGUUGUUAAUUAAAAACAAUAUAUCUGCUUUACAAGAAAUGGGAGCAAAUAAUGUAAUUUUUAAAACUUGCACUAAAUUACCAAUUCUUAAAAGAUAUAUCACUGAAAAUCAACUGAAUUCUACAGAGGAACAGAAUAUUCAACAUUCUAUUGAAUCAACUGGUGCUAAGUUUUCGUAUAGAUUUGUGCUUUUGGAUAUGACUUUUGUUGAAAAUGCCUUAGCAUUACCAAUAUUUGAACCAUUAACUAUUGUGUGUCUACAACAACUUACGAGUAUUAUGGCAGCUUGUCUAAGACUGGCUUUGUUUGUGCAAAGUGUUCAUAAUAACUCAUCAACAAGUACAGAUAGCAUAAAUAUUGAAGAUGAUGUUAUGUGGAAUCAAGCUGUCCAGACAAUUGAAAAAACUGUCAUUAUUAUACAAACGGUAUCGGAUAUAUUAAAAAAAUUUUCAUAUUCUGUACAUCAAAACUAUUAUAUGAUUGCUAUUUGGAUUCUUAUUAAUGGUCUUCAAGAUAUUACAUUGAAAAAUUAUGAAAAUAACUCAAUUAAAGAUGGUAAAGUCACUAAAACCAAAAAAGAAACAUCAAAACCACUUGCAAAAAACUCAUUCAAUGUUUUAUCAGUAGCAUUAGCAAAUGAAAUGCUUACAAUGAUUGUUGAUCUUUUGGAAAAUGCUAGAAAAGAAUCAUCUUCAGAUCAACUUAUGAAACUUAUCGAUUUUGAGUCUGAAAUAAUCCCAGCUCCAUUGGACAUUUGUGCUAAAGCAAGAGGAUGUAGUAGACUACUGAGAAUUUUUCAAACUGUACCUUUGAUUAAAUUCUUGUAUCAGUUAGCAGCAAUAAGUCAUCGAAAAGUAAUGUGUCUUGUAUUAAAUAAAAAUAAAAAUAAGGUAAAUGGAAUUCGUACUACAAGCUUAGAAUCAAUAGAUAUGUUGCCUGGAACACCUGAAAGUGGAGCACCUCAAGAUGGAGAUGAAGACAAUGAGUCUUUAUUUGGUGCUUGGUUUGAAGAAGUACUUACCUUAGGUGAUCAACAAAUUGAAAAUGCGUGUUCUAAAACACAAACAUCAGAUUAUAUGGAUUUAGAUAAAAGUGUUUUAAAUCAAUCAAAUUACAGUGUUGUCCCUGAAAAUGAUGAUCCAGAGGGGUAUUUAGCGCUGAUAAUAAGAAUAUUCAAUAUAUUGGACAUAUAUUUUUUAAAUGCUGAAUGUAACUACAUUUUCACUUAUAUGUCUAAAACCAUUGAAACUGAUAACAUUAUUGUAUUAGCUAAAUUGGUUGGAGAAGUAGACUGGGCACCUGUUAAUAAUGAUUUAUCUUCCAUUGUUGACUCUCAUCAAAAUGUAUCUUCAUCUAUUGGGAUAUUUAUUCAUAAUUUGAUAGCUAAAGAUUUCUUAUCAGGAAAACAACAAGAUGAAUUUCUUGAGCUAUUGGGGAUAAAAAUACCUCAAGAUGCUUUAGACAGUAAAUGGUCAUUGCAGAUUUAUCCUAGAACUUUAUCAAUUUUAGCUCAAGUUUUAUUAAAAAAACCAAUAACAGAAAGAGAUGAAUUAUCUAUGUUCAUAUGGCAAAAUAUGAUUAAUGCAUUAGGCAGUUUAAUUAACCGUCCUCGCAGUAGUAAUGAUGAUUUUGAAGAUUUAAAUGUGGAACAUACACAACUAUUAAUAUUUUUGUUCAACUUAAUGUCGUUAACCCAUAAAAAAGGAAUUCUAUUAGCUAUUUGUAAUACUAUUAUAGGUGCUAAUUGUGUUUUAAAUCCAGUUUAUAACAAUCAUAUUUUAGCUUUAAGUAGAUUACUCCUUUUAUUUGACUAUUUAGUUCGAAGAUUGUAUGAUGUACCUGAAUAUUUGCUAUCACAGGUUGAAUGGAAUUUGAUGCGUAUUAAAAGUGAAAUAAAAGUAGAUGGUGAUGAAGUACUAACAACAGAUGAAAAUACUUAUAUGCUAUAUAACUCAAUAGAAGAAAACUUACGUAGAAGGUCUGAUAGUGUUGGAAACUCAGCAGCUGUAGUUCCUUGUUUUUAUAAACUAUUAGACGAUAAACAAGCUGUGAAUGAUGCUCCUAAACUGGAUGGAUUGGCUCUUAAUUUUAUACUUAACCAUCCUGAAAAAUUAAGCUAUCCUCAAUUAAUACAAGCCCUCUUGAAUAUUACUAGAUCAUUAAAUCUAUAUAAAGAGUCAUUUGUAGAUGACAAUGGAAUUGAAAAUAAAACUGUUCAAUAUUCAAAUCCGUUAACCCUGUGUAGCAUUGAAUAUUGUUUUACCCUUGCAUGGAAGCUAUUAUUAUCAUUGCCUGUUCCUAUUCAAAAAUUACAAGAUAUGCUUAGUGAUAAAUCUGGAUAUGAUACAUCAGAUUUGCUAUAUUUCUUAAUUUGGGGCCCUAGAACUGGAUCUAAAAUUUAUUAUCAUUUUUUGAAGGAAGGAGUGUAUAAGCAGAUUUGUGUUUUGGAAAGCAAUGAAAAUAAUAAAGAUACAGAUUCAUUGAGUUCUAGAGAAUUAUUGUCAAAUGUAGCUACUGCAGCAUCAUUAGUCAAAUAUGAAUAUCAAAUAGCAAAAACCCAUUUUAUACAACAACUUUGUCAAACAGAUGCUUUAAAAAAAAAUUGCUUUCCAAUGUUAUUGGAUUGUAUACUGUUUGAUGCUGUUCUUUCAAAAGUGUAUUUACAAACUAGACCAGGAAAAACACCUGAAGAAUGUCCCAAAGUUGCUAAUUCUGAAUUGAUUCAAACACUAUUGCCGUAUUGUAUUGAAUUAGCUAUGACAACAUUUACCAAUAUUAAAAAUAAUCUACUCCAUCAAAUUUCUAAUUUGAAUCAAACUCAGAAAUUUUCUGUAGGAGAUUUAACAAACUUGAAAAUAGUUUUGUCAAUGGCAAAUAACAAUUCACCUUUAGAUUAUUCUCCAAUUACUUACAAUUUACCAACUUUAUUGUAUGAAUCAAUUCCAUCAUGGAUUGUAUCAAUUUUAACAAAAUGGAAUUCAGUACCUGUUGGUCCUGUGGUGAAGAACCCAAGUUUGGAUAGUUCACCUGAAAAUUUAAUUCUAAAUAUUAUUAAACAUCAUUCAUCUUUUGUCUCUAGUCAGUCAGUAUAUAUGAACACUCCAUCGUUAAAACGAUUACUUAAUACACUUGUUGUAUUCAUCACAGAAAAUAUACAACUAUGUACAGAUUACAAAUUAAGAUCUGAUUAUGCAAAUCUUUUAAGUUCUAUGACAAUUGAUUGUUCAUCAGAAUAUCUUUUGGAUCAUAUUAUUCGUACAUGGGAUAAAUUAAAAAAUCCAGGAGAUCAAGACCCUGCUACUAUGAUAUCAAUACUUAUAACUAAAAAUAUAAGAAAAUUAGCAAUUCAAUAUAAACGUGAUGAUACUACCAACACAGAUUAUUUAACUGAAAAAGUUUUGAUACAUAGCCUUUUUUGGAUUGAACAAUUAAUAUUUGAUUUUUCUUCUGUCCGAUAUGCUGUUCUACAAACAUUUUGUGAAAAAACGCUUAAAGAAGGUAUUUCAAUGAAGAAGUUUAUUUCAUCUGGAGUGUUUAUUAAAACACUUGUUAGAUUAACCAACCGGUUAUUCUCAAAUCUUAAAAUAAGUAAUAAUCAGGAUAUUAAAACAAUGUGUCGUAAAAUUAUUGAACUAUCAACUGACCCAAAAAAUAGAUUGGAUCUUUGGUUACAAAGAAUUAUUGUUGGUUGGAACAAAGAUAAAGAUUUAAUUGAUGCUACUAGUACUUUAUCCCGAGACUUAAGUGCUUUUUUGAGUGAUAAACAUACUAAUUCAUUAAAAGAUGUUAUUAACAAUAUAUCAGCUUCGAUUGAUCCUGAUGACAAUUUUGAUUUGAUCAAGAAUAUGAUUGAUUAUAUUGUUGGAUUAGAUACAAAUGAUGAAUUAAAAACUAAGGCUUCAUUAUGUUAUUUGGAAACAUUAAUACCAAUUGUGACCUACACAUUAGCUUUCGAAAAUGGAGAUGGUUUUUCAAAAAUGUUUGCUCAAAUGGUGCGUUUAGCAGAUUAUGGUGGUCCUUCUGGCCAUGUUAAGUUAUUUAAAGCUAGUGUGAAGUUGCUCGAUUCUAUUAAAAAUUGGCUGAAAUCUAACAUGGCAAAUAUAGAGAUAACUGAACCCAAACAAUCAUAUCCACCUGUUGUAAUUGCAUCUAGUUGUUUGAUGAAUUAUGUAUCAGAUAUAAUAGCUGCUGUGCAACAUAAUGAUGUAGAAAACUCUGUAUCUCCAUCAUUAGAUUCAAUGUCUUUAUUCUAUUAUGACGGUAUGGAGUUUGAUGGAUUUUUACCUAGUAAUGAUGGCGAUGGUGAAACUUUAAACGAAGAUUCUGAUGAAGAUAGCCUAUACUAUAGACUAUGUACAUUUACGGUUACUCAAAAAGAAUUUAUGAAUCAACAUUGGUAUCAUUGCCACACAUGUAAAAUGAUAGAAGGAGUUGGAGUUUGUAGUAUAUGUGCUAAGGUUUGCCACAGAGGCCAUGAUGUUACGUAUGCUAAGUUUGGAAACUUUUUCUGUGACUGUGGGGCAAAAGAAAACAAUUUUUGUCAGGCAUUAGUCAAAAGAAAUCCUAACUCAAUACUUGAUGCAAAUAAUUCGCGAGAUAAAGUAGUUUCAAAUGAAGGCGGAAAUUCAGUAGCAGACCAAGAUCGAAUAGAUGGUUAUAACACAUCCGCUUCCAACCAUAAUCAAGAUCCAAGAAAUAUGAGCACCAGAAGUUUAGAUUAUGAAUCUGUUGUGUUAAAUUCACUUCCUAUGUCUUAUAAGAAUGUAUUAAUGCCAACAAUAUUGGAUCAUUCUCAGAUAAUUGAACCAACAUUAGACCUUUGUCUACAGCUAAUAAAUGUGGUUAUAAAAUCUGGUGAAAAAAAUUCAGCAAUUGGUUGUAAUACAAGAGCUGUUGAUACAUUAAAUGACUUACAAGAAUUAGAAAAAACUAUUGAAGUAUCUGAUAGUCUUAUGCUACCUACAAUGGGGUCUCAAGAAGGUGCUUUUGAGAAUGUUAAAAUGAAUUUUAGUGGAGAUCAAGGUCAAACUAUUCGUCAGCUUCUUUCUGCCCAUAUGAUACGCCGUGUUGCAAUGUGUUGUUUAUCAUCUCUUCAUGGUAAAAGACAACAUUUAGUUGCUGUAUCUCACGACAAAGGAAAAAUAGCAGUAUUGCAAAUGAGCUCAUUGCUAAAACAGUCUGAUAUAUCCAAACGUAAAUUAACUUUAACACGACUAUCCUCUGUUUCUAUUCCAUUUACUGUAUUAUCAGUUACUGCAAAUUCUGUAAAUGAAGACUUCCUUUCUGUGUGUGGAUUAAAGGACUGUCAUAUCUUGACGUUUAAUACAAGUGGAACAAUUAAUGAGCACAUUGUCCUUCAUCCAACUUUAGAAGUAGGAAAUUUUAUUAUUCGUUCAAUUUGGCUCCCUGGAUCACAAACUAGUUUAGCACUUGUGUCUGCUGAAUUUGUUAAAAUUUAUGAUUUGUCAAAGGAUGUUUUAAGUCCUCAAUAUUAUUUCCUUGUGCCUACUGGCAAAAUACGAGAUGUGACAUUUAUGUGUACAGAGGAAAAGUCAACUAUGAUAUUAAUAUCAUCUGGAGGUUAUAUAUAUACACAAGAUAUGGACGCAAGUAGUUCAGCUGUCCAUGGUCCAUUCUAUGUGACCAAUACUAUUGAUAUUGUUCAUCCAGACAUAAGUGAUGUAAAUGGUCAAGUUUGUGGAGGUGGUGUAUCAGUAUAUUAUUCGCAUACAUUGUCACUGUUGAUGUUUAGUUAUGUUACUCCUGGGCGCACAUUUAUAGCACCUCUGGAUGAAGAGAGAUAUCAGGGUGGUGUUAUUACAUUACAUCCAGUUUUUGCAAUAAAUUCACAAACAUUAAGUCCUAGUGCUAAAAAUAAAAAUAAUAUUAAUCAGACAAGUACUUCUACUCCUCCUACACAACCUAUGUGGCAGUGGUCUGAAGUUCCUGGACAUCCUGGUCUAGUAUGUGCAAUACUGCAAUCUAGUAAUACUCCAGUUGUAUUUAUGAUAACACCAAAAGUCAUUAGUCUUCAAGAAAUUAAAUUGGCCCAAACCAAAACUAAGAUUACAGAUAUGGUUGCUGUACGUCACCCAUUGUCUAAUGGAGAUUAUAGAACAACAUUAAUAAUUUUAUGUGAAGAUGGUAGUUUACGUAUGUUUUUAGCUGCUAAAGAGCAAACAGAUUUUUGGUUAUCACCAUCUAUACAGCCUUCAUGUCACAUAACAUCUUGUAAGUUAAAGAAAAAGAAAAUUAAUAAAUCUGGAAAAUCUACAGGAAAUACCUCUUCAUUUCCAAUUGACUUCUUUGAAUAUUGUGUGGCUAUGAAUGAAAUUGAAUUUGGUGGUAAUGAUCUGUUGCAAAUUUAUAACCCUCAACAAAUCAAACACAGAUUGAACAGUAAUGGUAUGUAUGUUGUGUCUACAAAACCACGAUUUAGCAUUGAAAUUACUAAUAAUGAUGCUACAACGGUAAUGGCUGGAAUUAGAAUUAAUGUGGGAGGUCAAGACAUAGGACGUGCUCCUGGCUAUAUAGAAGUGCUAGGACGCACUUUACAUUUGUUACCAAUUAACCGAAGUCGAUGGUUUGAUUUUCCAUUAACCAGAGAAGAAAGUCUUCAAAGUGAUAAAAAAUUAACAAUUGUGUUUGGCCCAUCCCGAGACCCUGAAGGUGUUACUAUGAUCGAUUCUAUAAAAUUAUAUGGAAAAACUAAAGAAUCAUUUGGAUGGCCCGAUGAAGUAGAUGAGAUUAGUAAUGGUACAAUUUAUGGUUCAACAUCAACUAGUACUGUAGUUACUUCAAAUCAGUUUAAUCCCCAAGAAAAAGAGUUGCCUUUAACUGGAUUUGCUGUCAAUCAUUUAGACAAGUUUAUCAUAGGAUUAUUGACAAUAUUAGAAAAUAGCUUUAUUGUAUCGAAUUACGCAUUGAAUGAUGAAAAUGAACAAUAUUCAACCAAUAAAACUAAAGCAGUAAACAUAGCAUUGCAAUUACUCAAUCACAGUACACAAGCAUGUAUUCAACUUCAUUCUAAAUCAUUAGUAGCUGUUUUACAACCAGAAUACCAUACAUUUAAAGAUCAAUCUAUGUUAAAUUAUAUAUUAAAAACUUUACACAAUUUUGAACGCGAUGAUCCUAAAAAUAUGGAUGCCGAAGCUUAUUAUAGACUUGUACUAAUAACUCGAGGUAUAACAGUUUCCAGACCACAGCAUUUAUCCAACUUUGAAUAUACUCAUCAUGAAGGAUUGGAUUAUAACAAUGAACAAUCACCACAGUGGUGUCAACCCCUUAUUCAAAAGCUCAUUUCUGUAUUUUGGAUACUAUACUAUAAUAGACCUAAAAAUCCAUCAUAUUGCACAAUAUAUGUACCUGGUUUGAAACAUACUGAAGCUGUUGUUUAUGCACUUAUUGAAAUUUUGCAUUCUUUAUUAUUUUUUGAGUGCUCUGGUUUUCAAGAUUCUCAAAUUAAUACUAUAUCUAAGUACUACUUAGAUUUCUUACUUUGUGAAGAUGUAGCUGUCAGUUAUACUGCUAAAUUGGCGCUUUCAAGAGCCUUAAAACCUCAAGUAUUUGGAAAGAAUAAUCAAAAUUUGGUUCGAGGAGAUCAUUCUUACAAAGAGCCAGUAGAAGUAAAAGAAAUAUCUAGCAAAGGGACUGAAAAUGAAGAACAAGUUCUUCAAGAAUCUCCCGAUGAAAAUAUGCAAUAUGAAGUUGACGAACCAAUAAUUUUAUUGGAUCCAAGAGUUGAACCACAAGAACAUGAUCGUCAAAAUAUGGAAGUUUUAAUUGGUAAUGUUCAAUUUCCUGGUCUUAUUAUUCCACCUGACGCAGAUGACGAUGCAAUGGUAGAAUUAGCUAUUGCACUUAGUCUACAAGACAAUGAUGGGAUAGAUAAUAAUGCAGAGCUACAAAAUAUUAGGCAAGGUUUGCAACAAGGUUUUGUAGAAUUACAAGGAUUAAAUGCACCUGCUACGUUACAAAACAUUCAAGAAAAUUCUUCUCAAAAUAAUGAUAAUGGUCAGAGUUCUGAAACACAGUCUAUGCAACAAGGUCAUUUAAGUGAUACUACUGCGUCGGCAGCAGGUUCUGAUGAUGAAGAUACAAAUGCUGUUCCAGGAAGUAGUAAUUUAAGAACAUCACCCACAGAUAAUAGUCAAAAUGAACGAGGUGAAAUUGAUGAAGAAAUAAUUUUUGACCAAGAUUUAGAAAUAAAUAAUCAUUUACACACUUUAAGAUUGUCUUUGUUGGAAAAAUUUAUUAAUCACAUACCAAAUCUUCAUAACAUUGGAGGCACAAGAGCUAUUCCAUUUUUCCAAGUUGUUUCUUCAAUUGUGGCAGAUAUGGACUUGAAUAACGAAGGAGAUAAGGAAUAUUUUACUGAACUUAUGCAAAUGUUUAUAACAUAUAUUCGCCGAGAAACAUUAGAUGAUUCUAAUUUACAUAUAAGAAAUUCACAACGAGAAAUAGUCAUAAUUAUUAUGCGCUUUAUUGGUGUUUUAUUAGCAAGGCCUAAAUCUAGCUCUAAAUCAUCAUCUGAUCAUACAACUUAUAUAUCUCAAACAGCUGCAUCUAUGUUAAAACAUGCACAAUUUAUAACAUGUUGCUUAAAAGCAUUAAAAGCCUUACAGGAAUAUUGGGCUAGUUUUAGCGAUAAUGAUGAUAAUAGUGCCAAUGUGGUUAGUGUUUUGUUGGAACCAAGUGGUCCAUCACGUGUUCCUGAUAUGAGUCCAUUUUUUUUGAAACCCUACUCGGUUAGUCAAACCAAAGAUAUUUUCCAUAAUUAUCCUAUAAUUUUGACAGAAAUGCUGUUACGUUUACCAUAUCAAAUACAGAAAAGUUGGUCGCAGUUGUCAUUUGAACCAGAAUGGUUGACUGUAUUAUGUGAAUUCAUGAGCUUAAAAACAAUUAAUCCAUUUAUCAAACGUCAAGUUAGAAAAUUACUAUUAUUUGUUUGUGGAAACAAGGAUAAAUAUCGGCAGAUUAGAGAUAUGCAUGCUUUAUCAACUAGUAUGAAGAAUUUUCAAGUCACAUGUGACAUUGGUGAUCAGAAUACAUCACUAUCUCUUAACUUGACAUAUGAUAAACUGGUUGAAUUAGUGGAAGAUGUAAAAGUUUGUGUAGAUAUUGCAUCAAGUCGUAUGUUGAAUUGGCAAUUAUAUUGUCGCAAAGAUAACACAGUAUUAUUAUAUUUAAUGCGUGCAGCCUGUUUUUUGGAUGAGGGUGUAUCAUCUACAAUUCUGCAUUUGCUUCAAUAUGCUAUUUGUGGAGCUAAAAACCAGUCUGGAACUCCUUCUGGAAAAGAAUCUAAAUCUAAAGUGUCAAAGGUAGCAGAAGAUAUUGAAAAUGCUAUGCUUGAAGAAGCUCAAUGCAUGAUACUAGUUAAAGAAAUGAAUAAACGGUUAAAUAAAGAUAUUUUAACACGAUUUGUCAAAACAUUCUUACUUGAAACAAAUUCUACACAUAUUCGUUGGCAAGCUCAUGCCCUAGUAUUGUCAAUUUAUAGAAAUUCAGAACAUGAUGAUCAAGAAAAAUUACUUGAGUUAUUAUGGGCUCUAUGGCCACAGUUGCCCACAUAUGGAAGAAAAGCAUCUCAAUUUGUAGAUUUAUUAGGAUAUUUCAGUUUUAAGUACAAUCAAAAAGCAGCUACAUCAACUAAAUAUGUUGAGCAGGCAAUUGAAUUACUAAGAACACAAAACUAUAAGCUAGCAUGCCACCCUAAUGCUAAUUUGUAUACCCAAAUAUCACAAUAUGUUGAUUUAGAAGGCUUUUAUUUAGAAAGUGAACCUUGUAUGGUUUGUAAUAAUCCUGAAAUUCCCUUCACCAAUAUCAAGUUGACUUCGAUAAAGGUUGAUUCAAAAUUCACUACUACUACUCAAAUUGUUAAGCUCAUGGGAAGUCACACUAUUAAUAAAAUAGUAUUGCGAAUAACUGAUUUAAAACGUACCAAAAUGGUGCGUACAAUGAAUAUAUUUUAUAAUAACCGUUAUGUACAGGCAGUGGUAGAACUUAAAAACAAACCAGCUAUGUGGCAUAAAGCAAAAGAAAUUACACUAACAUCUGGACAAACUGAAGUGAAAGUCGAAUUUGCUGUACCAAUAGUUGCGUGGAAUUUAUUAAUAGAGUAUUCUAGUUUUUAUGAGAACUUGCAUGCUUCUUCAGAGACUUUACAGUGUCCUAGGUGUAGUGCAACAGUACCUUCAAAUCCUGGUGUUUGUUCUAAUUGUGGCGAGAAUGUUUUCCAAUGUCAUAAAUGCCGUGCAAUAAAUUAUGAUGAAAAAGAUCCUUUUCUUUGUCAUUCUUGUGGUUUUUGUAAAUAUGCUAAAUUUGAUUAUGUUUUAACUGCCAAGCCUUGUUGUGCUGUUGAUCCCAUUGAAGAUGACCAUGAUAGAAAUAAAACUAUAAGUUCCAUCAAUACAAACUUGGAAAAAGCUGAUAGGUUAUACAAACAACUUGUAUCGUCAAAACCUGUUUUAGAGAAUAUGUUAGUAAAAGUUAUGGAAAAUCGUUUGGAAAAAUCAAAUAAUACAAAUGCUGAAGAAAGCCAAAGUCCAAAUGUUGUUCCUGUCUCAGGAUUUGCUGCUGUUGUUAAUGGGGCUAUGAACAAUAACAUUUCUUCUGGACCUGUACAUCAAGUAAAUAGAUCUAUUCAAUUGCUGGCACAAAAGUAUGGUUCUGAAUGCCGUAAUACUUUUGAAGAUCUCAGUCGUAUUGUUCAAAAAGUUUUGGCAAGUCGUAAAGAGUUAAUAGCAUAUGAUCAAAAACAAUUGGGACAAGUUAAAUCUACCAUUCGUUUUAAUGGCAGUAUUAGCUCUCUUUCAGUAUCUGAUUCUUUAGUAUCUAUUUCCCAAAAUACAUCAUCAGCAUGUUCAUUGCCAAAUACAAGUUGUUAUGGAUGUAUAACAGCAGCUCUAGAACAUUGUUUUGUUAUGUUACGUGCUCUUGCUACAAACAUGACAUUGCGUAAAAUACUAUUGCAACAAGGACUUAUUCAGGAACUAGUUGAAAAUAAUAUCAGAAGAGGAUCAGUUCAAACUCAGGAAGAAGUAAGAAAUCUUCUUUGUAUUUUAAUACAAGACAAUCAAAAAGCUACUGAAGACUUAUGCGGAUUAUUGAGUCAAAGAAUAUCACUUACAAUUCGAGGACCAAUUGCAAAUGCUGAUCUAGCGUUUGCUGUAAGACCUGAGAUUUCUUUACUGGCAACAAUGUUGUAUAAAGAAGAUUCAUGCUGGGAACAAAAAGCCAAAUGUGUAAUGCAGUUAUUCUUUAUGACAUGUAAAGAAUUCCAGUCUUCAGCAAUUGUCACUUAUAUAACACUACCAUGUUUAAAAAUGAUGCGUAAUAUUAUUAAACCACCAGCUUCGUCUUCUAAAGCAAACAAGGAUAAAUCUACAGAUGUCUUGUCAACUGUUCAAAUGUCCGAUAAUUUAAUGGUUGAUUUUAGAAAAUGGGCUAAACAAAGUCCUGAGCAUAUGUUUAAUGCAUGGCGUCAACGACUUCAAAAGAAAAUACCAUCAGAUACUCCAGUUAAAAAUAAGCCAAAAUCAAAGAAUGAAAUCAGACAAUAUUAUUUAGCUUCUAAAUAUUUUAAGAAAUGGAGACUAUAUUCUUUAAGAGAUAUUGCAAAGCCAUUCCAUCUAACAGAGUCUUCUUGGCUAAAGCAUUUCUUAUUCUGUUCGAGUACACGUUUGUUAAGACAAGUUGCCUGUGCUAUAUUUGAGGGUAUUGCUCAAGUACCAGAAAGGAAAAAAGAGAUUUUAGAUCUUCUGACAGGGUUUUUAACAGAACUAGGAAACGCAGGAGAAAACUGUGCUGAAUUUUUAGGCUUAUAUCAAAAUCUCAUUCAACAAACUCCUUGGAAACAGUACUUAGCAUUGCGAGGAGUACUUAUUAUGAUAUCUGACAUAAUUACAAAAGAAAUAAAACAUUUGCAUUAUUUAGAAGAAACUACAUUGACUUCAGAUUUAGCCCAAGGAUUUGUCUUAAAAAGUUUAACUGGAUUGUUGGCAUCGUUUUUGGAAGUUGAGAGCAUUAAACAACAAUACAAAGGAAGACUUGUAGGUGCUAUUUUAAAUGGAUAUCUUUCUCUCCGCCGUUUGGUUGUUCAAAGAACACGUCUAAUUGAUGAAACACAAUCUCAACUUCUGGAUCUUCUUGAAGAAAUGACAUGUGGAACAGAAACAGAAUCAAAAGCAUUUAUGGCAAUUUGUGUAGAAACUGUAGAAAAGUGUGAUAUACAAGAUGUUCGUACUCCAGUUUUUGUAUUUGAAAGAUUAUGUUCAAUCAUUUAUCCCGAAGAAAAUGAUGUUGGGGAAUUUUAUAUGAAUCUAGAUAAAGAUCCACAACAAGAAGACUUUUUGCAAGGCCGCAUGUUAGGUAAUCCAUAUAGUUGUAAUGAAUCUGGUCUUGGACCUCUGAUGAGAGAUGUCAAAAACAAAAUCUGUCAAGAUUGUGAACUGGUUGCUCUUCUGGAAGAUGAUAAUGGCAUGGAACUUUUGGUUAACAAUAAGAUUAUCAGCUUGGAUCUACCCGUUAAAGAGGUAUACAAAAAGAUUUGGUUGCCAGAAGGUGGGGACAAUGAAGCUGCCAUGCAUAUUGUUUAUCGCAUGAGAGGAUUAUUAGGAGAUGCUACUGAGGAAUUCAUUGAAACAUUAGAUGCCAAAUCUGAUCAAGAAGUCAAUAACGAAGAAGUUUAUAAAAUGGCAAAUGUGAUGGCAGAAUGUCGUGGUCUGAGAGUUCUAAUGUAUCGUUUAUCUACAAUUAAAGACCUGUCAAGAUCACGUCCACUUCUCGAAGUACUUCUUAAAUUACUUGGACUUUGUGUUAAAGUAAAACAUAAUCAAGAAAUAUUAACUGAACCUAUGCUAGGAUCCAUACCAAUUCUUCUUAAUACACUUGAAUUAUGCUUAAGUAAUGAAGCUGAUGGCUUGUCAAACACAUCGCUAACUGAACAAACUCUUGACAUUUUGGAAACAAUAUUAUCAAAAGCUACCUCCAAAGGCCCAGAGGCAUUUGCUACAUUAUCAGAGACAUUUGGUCCUGAUGACCAUAUUCGAUAUCUUCUACACUGCGCAUCAAAUGCUCGCUAUACAAUUGUUCAGCAUCUAACUCGUGUUUUAGCUGCCCUUACAUACAAUAAUAAAGCUAAAAUGAUUAUUCUCAUGGAUCAUUUUGCUUCAGUGAUUUCUGAUUUUGAAAAAUUUGAUGAUGUCCACUCUGCUCAAGAUGAACAAAUGAUGAAUUUGUUUUGUGAUUUGACAUACGGUAUUGAAAAUAAUUCACUUGGAAAUACAUUAAAAGAUUAUAUACUUUCUCUUGGGGUUAUUAAUAAUGUUAUUCAAUAUAUAUCACGUCAUGCACCCACUGUAAAAUCAACUUUAAACAAAAACAAUGAUAAAGAUGAAUGGAAAGAAUUCAUUUCUAAACCUUCGUUAAAAUAUAUCUUAAGAUUUUGGACUGGAUUAGCUAAUGGCCAUGAACCAACUCAGACUGCUGUUUCUGAUGAAUGUAUUCAUACAGUACAUUGCUUAGAACAAGUGUCCUCAGAUGAACAUGUUGGAUCUCUUGCAGAAAAUUUAUUAGAAGCAUUAAAAACUAAUCCAAAAAUGGCAGAAAAAAUAGAACAAGUUCGUGAACAAACUAAAGCUGAGAAAAAACGAUUAGCAAUGGCAAUGCGACAAAAACAACUUGGACAAUUAGGAAUGCGUACUAAUGAAAAGGGUCAAGUAACUGCUGAAACUUCAUUAUUGCAACAAGUAGAAGAUUUAGGAGAAGAGACUGGAUUAGUGUGUGUCAUUUGUCGAGAAGGAUAUAAAUUCCAACCUACUAAAGUAUUAGGUAUAUAUACAUUUACCAAGAGGUGUGUUGUCGAGGAACAUGAAGUAAAAGCUCGCAAAACAAUUGGGUACAGUACUGUAACACAUUUUAAUGUUGUUCAUUUUGACUGCCAUAUGUCUGCAGUUAGACUUGCAAGGGUAAGAGAUGAAUGGGAAUCGGCAGCUUUACAAAAUGCAAACACAAAGUGUAAUGGUUUAUUGCCAAUGUGGGGUCCUUCAGUUGCUGAAUCAGCUUAUGCAAAUUGCUUAGCCAGACAUAACUCAUAUUUACAAGAAGCUACUGGCCAAAGAGAUAUAAGUUACAUGCAAACAGUGCAUGAUCUUAAGUUACUUUUGUUCAGAUUUGCACAAGCAAAGAGCUUCCAUGAAGACACUGGGGGAGGUGGACCUCAGUCUAAUAUGAACUUAGUUCCAUACCUCAUGCAAAUGGCAUUAUAUGUGAUUAACACGACUAGGCGUUCCACUGCAGAGGAACGUAAUCUAAACACAUACCUAGAACCAAAGUCUGCAGACCAGUUGAUUGAUAGUUUUUAUGAUACUGAAGGUCCAUUAUACUAUCUUACAUUGGCUAUUAUGUUGACUCCAUACUCAAAAUGGAUGUUGACAAAUCGUUUGAUACAUUUGAAUAGAAUUAUAUUGAUGGCUCAUGUUCAUCAUACCAAUUCUUCUAUAGCACCCAAUGUACGCUCUGUGCCUUUGACUCCUCAUGAUUAUACUGCUUACAAAUCAGCUCUUAUGUUUUUUGUAUUAAUCAAUAAGAUGUAUGAAUGCUAUUUCAAGACUGUCGAGGUUACUGAAAGCAAAAGUUGGUCAGUAAGCUUAGCUGACUAUAUUCGUCACAAUGAUGAGAUGCUGCUCAAAUCAUCAGAAAUGAUGAUGAAUGCUCUAAGUGUAGAUUUCUUACCUUGCACCUCAUUUGAAGAACUUUGUGACGCUGCAUGUUUGAGUGUAGCGGAUCCACCAAAUCACAUUAAAAACAUUUUGAACACUUACCUUCGUCAAUGAAAAAUAUGUUAUACCUAGUAAAUUGA